AUGACAGGCCCAUCACAUGGAAGCCACCACUGCCACUCCGUCGACAGCAGCAGCAGCCACAGCAGCAGCCGCAGGCAGCGCCGCGCUGAACAAAAGUCAUCCGAGCUGCGGCCCAAAUGCCCAGGCUUGACCGCCGCGAAGGCCAGCCCCGGGAAGCGGGUAUGUCCAGGUUCACAAGAACACCUCCUCAAAUUCGUGACCAUGGGGGAUAUGAAGACCCCAGGCUUUGAUGACGUCCUGGCAGCAUUUGACAUCCCAGAUAUGGCUGAUCCUAAAGCAGCUAUUGAGAAUGGACAUGAUGACCACAAAAGCCACAUGAAGCAGAACGCUCACAGAGAGGAGGACUCCCACACACCAUCAUCUUCCAACGUGGGUGUCAGCGUGAUCUUCAAGAAUGUUCGGAGCAUCGACUCCUCCGAGGGCGGGAGAAAGACAGUUACAACCACCAGCAAUGGCCGACAUAAUGGGUUUCUCACAGCGUCCUCCCUUGACAGUUAGGGUAAAGAUGGAGCGAAGUCCUUGGAAGGAGACGUGCCUGCCUCCCAGGUGACUCUGAAAGACACAACGUUCAGCCAGUUUAGCCCAAUCUCCAGUGCUGAAGAGUUUGAUGAUGAUGAGAAGAUGGAGGUGGAUGAACCCCCUGACAAGGAGGACAUGUGAUCAAGCUUCAGGUGGAAGGUGUUGACAGGGUCGGCUCCCCAGCAGGACUGCGAUAAGCUGAAGGCACUUGGAGGGGAAAACUCCAGCAAAACUGGACUCUCUACGUCAGGCAAUAUGGAGAAAAACAAAAUAGUUAAGAGAGAAACCAAAGCAAAUGCUAUAAACCUGAGUGUUUAUGAACUUUUUAAAGUCCGAAAAGCAGAGGAUAAGUUGAAGGAAAACUCUGACAAGGUGCUGGAAAACAGAGUCCUGGAUGGGAAGACGAGCUCCCAGAAGAAUGACAGUGGCCUUCCCGGCAUUGCGCCAGAGACAAAGUCAUCCUCCAAGUUUUCAUCCUGCAUUGCUGCUAUCGCGGCUGUCAGUGCUAAAAAGGUGGCUUCAGACUCCUGCAAAGAACCAGUGGCCAAUUCGAGAGAAUCCUCCCCAUUACCAAAAGAAGUAAAGGACAGUCCGAGAGCCACCGACAAGUCUCCUGAAUCCCAGAAUCUCAUCGACGGGACCAAAAAACCAUCCCCAAAGCAACCGAAUAGUCCCAGAAGCAUCUCAAGGGAGAACAGCAGCAAGGGAUCCCCAUCCUCUCCCGCAGGGUCCACACCAGCAAUCCCCAAAGUCCACAUAAAAACCAUUAAGACAUCUUCUGGGGAAAUCAAGAGAACAGUGACCAGGGUACUGCCAGAAGUGGAUCUUGACUCUGGGAAGAAACCUUCUGAGCAGACAGCAUCCGUGGUGACCUCUGUGACAUCCCUUCUGUCGUCUCCAGCAUCAGCCACCAUCCUUUCCUCUCCCCCCAGGGCACCUCCCCAGUCCUCGGUCAUGACCAGUGCAGUUUCCCCUGCAGAGUUCACCCCUAAACAGGUCACAAUCAAGCCUGUGGCUACUGCUUUCCUCCCAGUGUCUGCUGUGAAGACAGCAGGAUCCCAAGUCAUUAAUUUGAAGCUUACUAACAACACCACGGUGAAAGCCACAGUCAUAUAUGCUGCCUCUGUCCAGAGUGCCAUCAGUGCCAUCAUUAAAGCCACCAACGCCAUCCAGCAGCAAAUUUUCAUGGUGCCAGCAUCCAGCCUGGCCAACGCCAAACUCCUGCCAAAGACUGUGCACCUUGCCAACCUUAACCUUUUGCCUCAGGGUGCCCAGGCCACCUCUGAACUCUGCCAAGUGCUAACCAAAACUCAGCAACAAAUAAAACAGGUAAUAAUCAAUGCAGCAGCCUCGCAAACCCCCCCCCCCCCCCCGCAAAAGGAGUCUCAAGUCCAGGUGGUGUCGUCCUUGCAGAGUUCUGUGGUGGAAGCUUUCAACAAGGUGCCAAACAGUGUCAAUCCAGUCCCUGUUUACAUCCCAAACCUCAGUCCUCCUGCCAAUGCAGGGAUCACGUUACCGAUGCAUGGGUACAAGUGCUUGGAGUGUGGGGACUCCUGUGCACCAUCUGAGAGUCUGAUCCAGAGCUGCGACAGAUGGAGCGUGUGCACCAAAGUAACGUGCAACCAUUGUACAAAGAACCUCGUUUUUUACAACAAAUGCAGCCUCCUUUCCCAUGCCUGUGGGCAUAAGGAGAAAGGGGUGGUAAUGCAAUGCUCUCACUUAAUUUUAAAGUCAGUCCCAGCAGAUCAAAUGACAGUUUCUCCAUCAAGCAAUACUUCCACUUCAACUUCCACUCUUCAGAGCCCUGUGAGAGCCAGCACACACACUGUCGCAAAAACUCAGUCUGGCAUAACUGGGACAGUCAUAUCGGCUCCUUCAAGCACUCCCAUCAUUGCAGCUGUGCCCCUAGAUGAAGACCCCUCCAAACUGUGACAUAGUCUAAAACGUUAGGAGUGUAAUGAAGUCUUCCAGGACGAGACGUCACUGGCUACACAUUUCCAGCAAGCUGCAGAUACGAGUGGACAAAAGACUUGCACCAUCUGCCAGAUGCCGCUUCCUAACCGGUGCAGUUAUGCAUCACACCAGAGAAUCCAUCAGCACAAAUCUCCCUACACUUGCCCUGAGUGUGGGGCCAUCGGCAGGUCUGUGCACUUCCAGGCCCACGUCACCAAGAACUGUCUGCACUACACGAGAAGCGCUGGUUUUCGACGUGUGCAUUGCAAUGUUGUGUACUCUGAUGGGGCUGCUCUGAAGUCUCACAUUCAAGAUUCUCACUGUGAAGUCUUCGAUAAGUGUCCUAUUUGUCCAAUGGCGUUUAAGUCUGCCCCAAGCACACAUUCCCACGCUGACACACAGCAUCCCGGCGUCAAGAUAGAAGAACCAGAAAUAAUAUGUAAGUGUUCCAUGUGUGACACCGUGUUCACCCUGCAAACCUUGCUGUAUCACCACUUUGACCAACACAUUGAAAACCAGAAGGUGUCUGUUUUCAAGUGUCCAGACUGUUCUCUUUUAUAUGCACAGAAGCACCUUAUGAUGGACCGUAUCAAGUCUGUGCACGGAACAUUGAAAAGUAUUGAAGGGCCUCCAAACUUGGGUAUAAACUUGCCUUUGAGCAUUAAGCCUGAAACUCAAAAUGUAGCAAAUCAGAACAAAGAGGACACCAAAUCCGUGAAUGGGAAAGAGAAAUUGGAAAAAAAAUCUCCAUCUCCUGUGAAAAAAUCAAUGGAAACCAAGAAAGUGGCCAGGCCUGGGUGGACGUGUUGGGAGUGUGGCCGCCUGUUCAUGCAGGGAGAUGUGUACAUAUCCCACGCAAGGAAGGAGCACGGGAAGCAAGUGAAGAAACACCCCUGCCGCCAGUGUGACAAGCCUUUCAGCUCGUCCCACAGCCUGUGCCGGCACAGCCGGAUCAAACACAGAGUCAUCAGGAAAGUGUACGCCUGCUCACACUGCCCAGACUCCAGAAGAACCUUUACCAAACGACAGAUGCUGGAGAAGCACGUCCAGCUGGUGCACGGCAUUAAGGACGCUGCCCUGAAAGAAAUGACCGCCACCAAUGAGGAGGAAGCAGAAAUAAAAGAAGACACCAAGGUCCCCAGUCCCAAGCGGAAGUUGUAAGAACCAGUUCUGGAGUUCAGGCCCCCCCGAGGAGCAAUCACUCAACCACUGAAAAAGCUGAAAAUCAAUGUUUUGCAGGUUCACAGGUGUGCCGUGUGUGGCUUCACCGCCAAAAACCUGCUGCAGUUCCACGAACACAUCCCUCAGCACAAAUCCGAUGGUUCUUCCUCCCAGUGCCGGGAGUGUGGCCUCUGCUGCACGUCUCACGUCUCUCUGGCCAGGCACCUCCUCAUCGUACACGGGUUAAAGGAACCUCAGCCAGUGUCCAAGCAAAAUGGGGCUGGGGACAAUAACCAACAGGAGAACAAACCCAGCCACGAGGAUGAAUCCCCCAAUGGCGCCGUGUCAGACAGAAAGUGCAAAGUGUGCACAAAAACUUUUGAAACUGAAGCUGCCUUAAAUACUCGCAUGCGAACACACGCAUAUGAGUAUUUUGGAUUCAUCAAAUCCAAAAGGAUGAGCUCAGCUGAGAAACAGCCACAGAUGCUCCAUGAGGAAAAUCCCUGCAGUAAAGUACAAGAUAAAACUGGCACAGCAGUGGCUAAGAGGAUAGUGGAGGAACAGGGGCCUGUAGAGGUGGCCUGCAGACCAACGUCCCAUUGCACCUUAACGGUGCCGGGUCAGGACAGAGGCACCCUCAGUGAGGUGACAGGAAGGCUGUCGAUGGCCAAACAGGAAGCUGAGGGCUCGUCUGUCUUUGUAAAUCAGACCACCUCCUCUUUCAGCUACAUGGAAACUCUGACUUGUCCCAUGUUGGGAAGCGAAUGGCGUGGCAAACAGAACACAGUGGUUGCUGGGGCAGACCCUAUGGCAGCCAGAUGUGGCCGGCUGUCCACAAUGGGCCUGAUCCCCAUCAUGGCUGCGGCACCCUCGGACAGGAAGGGCUUCUGGGAGCUGUGCAGGUGCAAUCUGAGCGUGGGGCAUGGCGGCUGUGUCCCCUUUGUAUCAUCUGGUGUCCAGAGUCUAACCAGGAAGUAG